CUCAAAACACUUUUACACACUCUCUAGAACUUCUCUUGUAAUUUCAUCUUUCACUCUCAUCAUCCGAAAUGGCAGACGAUUUCGACAUGGAGCUUCCACCAGAGGAGGCAGAGGAGAUGGACUUGGAUCUCGCCGACGAUGCCGAAUCUGAUCCUUCCUUGAAAGUCGGAGAGGAGAAGGAGAUAGGGAAGUCAGGGUUGAAGAAGAAGCUUGUCAAGGAAGGUGAAAAAUGGGACACUCCUGAGAACGGAGAUGAAGUUGAAGUGCACUAUACCGGAACUUUGUUAGAUGGGACCAAGUUUGAUUCAAGCCGUGACAGAGGAGAUCCUUUCAAAUUCAAGCUUGGCCAAGGGCAAGUGAUCAAAGGAUGGGACAUAGGGAUCAAGACGAUGAAGAAAGGAGAAAACGCUAUUUUCACCAUUCCACCCGAGCUAGCAUAUGGUGAAACUGGUUCACCACCGACUAUUCCUCCGAAUGCUACUCUUCAAUUUGAUGUGGAGCUUUUAUCGUGGAGGAGUGUUAAGGAUAUAUGUGGUGAUGGUGGUUUGUUCAAGAAGAUUAUUGUGGAAGGAGAGAAGUGGGAGAAGCCAAAGGACCUUGAUGAAGUGUACGUUAAGUAUGAAGCUCGGCUUGAGGAUGGAACUGUUGUUGGAAGAUCUGAUGGUGCAGAGUUCACUGUCAAGGAGGGCCAUUUCUGUCCUGCGUUUGCUAAAGCUGUAAAGACCAUGAAAAGAGGGGAAAAGGUGCUUCUAACUGUCAAGCCACAAUAUGGCUUUGGGGAAACAGGAAGAUCAGCUUCUGAUGGUAUUCUAGCUGCAGUCCCACCAAACGCGACUCUCCAGGUCGACCUUGAGUUGGUUUCUUGGAAGACUGUCGUGGAAGUAACUGAUGACAAGAAGGUCAUCAAGAAAAUAUUGAAGGAAGGAGAAGGAUAUGAGCGUCCAAAUGAAGGAGCAGUUGUCACAUUGAAGUUGAUUGGUAAGCUUCAAGAUGGAACUGUGUUCUUGAAGAAAGGUCAUGCAGAAGACGAGGAGCCAUUCGAGUUCAAGACAGAUGAAGAACAAGUUAUUGAAGGGCUUGAGAAAGCUGUGAUGGGCAUGAAGAAGGGUGAGGUUGCCCACAUCACCAUCUCGCCAGAGUAUGCCUUUGGUUCCUCUGAAUCAAAACAGGAUCUAGCUGUGAUACCUCCAGACUCAACAGUUAGCUACGAGGUUGAGAUCGUAUCCUUCAUUAAGGAGAAAGAGUCUUGGGACAUGAACACAGGGGAGAAGAUAGAAGCUGCUGGCAAGAAGAAGGAAGAGGGGAAUACGCUAUUCAAGGCUGGAAAAUACGCAAGAGCUUCAAAAAGAUACGAGAGGGGUGUCAAGUUCAUAGAGUAUGACUCGAGCUUCGAUGAAGAGGACAAAAAGAAGGCUAAAGCUCUGAAGAUUGCUUGUAACCUGAACAAUGCAGCUUGCAAGCUGAAACUGAAAGAUUACAAAGAGGCGGCAAAACUUUCCACGAAGGUGUUGGAGAUGGACGGAAGCAACGUGAAAGCGAUGUAUAGGAGGGCACAUGCGUAUAUGGAGACGGCUGAUCUUGAUCUAGCUGAGCUUGAUAUCAAGAAAGCUCUUGAAAUUGACCCGGACAACAAGGAGGUCAAGAUAGAAUACAAGAAGCUGAAGGAGAAGGUGAAAGAGUACAAUAAGAAAGAUGCCAAGUUCUACAGCAACAUGCUGGCGAAAAUGCUUGAGCCACACAAAGAAGCUCGGAAGGACGCGCAAGCGAUGAGUAUUGACACCAAGGCAUGAGGCGAGACACUUGAGAAUGUUUUACUACGCCAGAAAAAUGUAUUACAAAUAUCUGUUAUCCCAUUUGUAAACGAUCUUGGUGUGUGUGAUUGUUAUGGAUGAUUUUGCUCUUAUUAUAAAACAGACUUUGUAAUAAAAGUGUCCAAGUUCUUAACCAAUCCAAAACC